CCUGGACACAGCUCCUGGGCUCAGCUGUGCUCGUGGGCCCCUUGGCUCCCAUUCUGCUUUCAACACAGCAGCAAAAACUGAGCAAAGGUUUUCUUCAUCACCUAUGGGCCCGUCCUGGUUUAGAGAGGAUUGCCAAAAUAACAGAGCUUGUGAAAGGUGCCAACACUCUCUUCUCAGACGACCUCUGCAGUCCUUUGGCACUUAACAAGGCAGAAUGAUCUGAUCUUCAGGCAAUCUCUACUACCACAGAUCCCCGGCAGUGUCUGUGCUUCUGCCUCCAGGCUGGCUCAGCGUCUCCAGUGGGGGAUUUGUAGCACCCAGCCGCUGGCGUCUUCUCCUGGCGGAAGCUCAACCAUUUGAAGAGAAGGGGAGGGAAAAAAAAAUCCCAAUCAGGACGCUUGCACAUGCUGUUCUCUGCUUGCUCGCCUGGGUGUUCUGCUGAAGGACUGGGACAUCUGCAGAGGAGGGGGAGCGGCGGCGGCUGGAGCGUGCCCUGGUCGGGGCUGAAGUUCCUCCAGCGCCGGGGGCCGGGAGUGCGCUCAGCCGGGGGGCGAGCAGCGGGGCCGGGAUCGCGCUACCCGGAGCGCACGCACACAGACGUGAUUAAAAUUCAAGCCUAAUGGCCUCUGGCAUAAACAACAUUCAUCAGCCCGGGACUUGCAAUGGAUCUAAAGCCGCUCGCAGCAGCUCGGCAGAGCAAUGCAGUCGGGAAAUGCACGUGAAAAUGUGCAAGAAGAUUGCCCAGCUCACUAAGGUGAUAUAUGCCCUGAACACUAAGAAUGAUGAACAUGAGGACAGUAUACAGGCUUUGAGAGAGGCUCAUGAAGAAGAAAUUCAGAAAAUUCUUGCUGAGACAAGAGAAACAAUUCUCCAGUGUAAAAGCAAAGCUGAAGAAGAACAGUUACUGAGAAAGCAUAUUCAGGCCCUUGAAAUUGCAGUAGCACAACACAAGAGAUUGAAGGAAGAAGCCAUAGCAGAGUUAAUAUUGUGUAAAAAGCAAGCAGAAGAGAAGGAGUCAAGAACAGAAGUGGAAGAAGCACUUUCUAUAGACACAGGAGAUACCACUGCAGGCUUUGAAAACAAACUUCCACAUUUAAAUCAGGGGUUUGAUGGACUGCUAAAUGAAUGCAAAGUAUUUAGAGGAGAAAAUCUAGAUAAAAAUGUAAAUUUAGAUGAAAAAUGUAGUGUGGAAAGGCACACUGUAAUGAAUGGGAUGGAAAACCUGAAGAGCGAGAACCAGAAAACAUCUGAAGAAUAUACUCAGAAAACAAGAAAACUGCAAGCCCCUUGUGAGACAGAAAAAGAGACUUUGAAAAUAACCAUGCAACAAUCUGUGCUAGAAACAAAGUGUCGACAAGGAGAAACAGAGCAAAAGAAGAGCUCAGAGACUGAGGAAGGUUUUUUGCUGCAGCAGGUAAAAAAGCUGGAAGCAGACCUAGAGGAAAAAAGCCAGAAGAUAAAUGAGAGGAAGAAGCAUUCCCAGAAGCUGAAGGAGCGAAUACAGGAGCUCCAGACUCAGCUAGAUGAAUUUAAAAGAAAAUCUGAGUGUGAACUAAAGCAACUUGAGAAAGAAAAAGAAGUUCUAACUGAGAAACUUCAAAACUCUUCACUUGAGGUGGCUCAGCUGAAGCAAAUAUUAGAACAACAAGCAAAUAAUUUCAAGGAGUCAUUGAAGAAACAUAAUCUACAGUCCAACAAAGAAAAAGAGAAGCUUUUGCAGGAUCUUCAAAACACCAUUAAAGAAAACCAAAAUGUUAAACUGCAGUUGGAGGCAUCACACCAAAAAGUCUUAAAAAUGUUGGAGAAAAGCAAGAAUCAGGAACUCAAGGAGGCAGAAGAACGUUUGAAAAAGGAAUUUAAUGAGACUUUCAAGAUUCAACAUCAGUCUCAUAGGCUGGAAAUACAAACCUUGGAAGAGAAAGCAAAGAAAGAAUUACAUGAUGAACUUGAGCAGAUACAAAUGCAGCAAACCCUGUUGCUAGGAUCUCUAAGGAUGGAACUCUCCGAGCAACAGACAUCAUGCACAAACCUAAAGAAACAAAUAGAAGAACUACAAAUGGAGCUGAGGAGUGUGAGGACACUGAAGAAACAACAGGAAGGAAGUAGCCAAAGCCAGAUCAGAUCUCUUCAUGAUGAACUGGAAAAAUGUCAGAGUGAAAUUUCUGAACUCAAGAGGGAGAAUUUACUCUUGAAGGACACAAUGGAGCUGCUCAGUGCUGAGUUGGAGUCACAGAAGCAAGAAGCUGCACAGCUUCAGGAUAGAGAUAAACAGCAUAGAAGGCUACUGGUAGAAGACCUCAAUAUCAAGCAUAAAAAAGAACUGGAUAUACUGAAACGAGAUCACCGGAAGGAAAUUGAAAACAUAGUGUCUGAUUUCAGCAGCACUCAGGCACAUCUCCAAGCAAAGAUUUUCUCCUUAGAAACUGCACUUAAAGAACUAGAAGAAAAGUCAAGAAAGUGGGAAUCCAGGCCUGAAGAUACACAUCUUAUAAACUGUCUGCAAGACAAAUUAAGUGAGAGAGAAGAGAUUAUCAAACAGCUGGUGGAAGGAAGAAAAUGUCAGCAUUCUCUUUCAGCCAACACUGAAACUUACAGGAAUCGGUCAUUUUCUUUCAACCCUAAUACAGCAUGCUUGACUCCCUCCAUGAAGCAGAAGAAAAAGGUUGAGGUGCCCAGUCGUGUUGUCAGUGUUCCGAAUUUAGCUUCCUACGCAAAGAGCUUUUUGAGCUGUGACUUGAGAUCAAAAAGAAGUGCUCCUCAAAUAACAAAAUCUACAAGCUUAGACCGGAGUUCCGGCUGCCUCAGGGUGGGCUCUCCAUCAACACAGUCCUCAGACAGCAGUGCUGCCGCAAGGACACAUGGCAGUGAACCACCACAAACCAAAGAUGACCAAAAACAAGACCCUCAGCAUCAAGAAUGGUUUACUAAGUAUUUUUCAUUUUAAAGCAAACGUAUUUCCAUACUUCUCAAAAUUACUAUAAAAGUCAUUCCUGUUUUCUUUUUAGGAAUGAUAAUCCAAUAGAUGAUUUAAGGGAAGGAAAACAAAAAAGUAAUUUCUACGUUAGGAAAUACCUGCACUCUCUUACAUCUAGUAACUAUGUAGUUACAGGCAUGAAUUUCAGGAAAAUGCAUUUUUUUAAACCACUUCUGUAAAAAAUGAAGGAAAUGUUUGGAUACAGUUAUGUGAAAAGACUUUUUAAUGAAGAGACUGUAUCACUCCACAGUUUCAUUAAAUAUGGAAGUUGGACUCUGAUAUGUUCUGUCAAUUUGGCACCAGCUGAAAAAAUAUCUUCCUUCUGUACAUUUAUACGCUUGCUUCAUCAGCUGUUUAAAGUAAGUUCUGCAUAUAAUAAUGUAAUUUUAAAAGUUUUUAAUACUUUUUGUUAAGUUAAUUUUACGCUGCACAGCAUGUAGUACACCUGCAAAAAUAGCAUGUUUAUAGCAGGCUGGUUUAGAAAUAAUUUCUGGCUUGCUUCACAAACUGUUUUGUAUAGUCAGCUAUUUGCUAUGUAAUAUUCCCAUCAAAUUUCAAUAUAUGUAUCAGCCUGAUUAUUUAGGAUUAUGUGUAAGUAUGAACAUUAAAGCUUGUAAAUUAUCCAAUUUCUGUGUUUUUCUAGAGUUCUAUGUUAUGGUGAGGAAAAGUCAGACUUGUACACUAAGUUUGAGUGAUGGCAACUGCACCCUUGUACCUUUUAACUUCAUACUAGUUUUAUGCCCACAAAAAAGCAAAGUAGGGCAGUGACUACAUUUAUCAGAUCAUGCUAAUUCACUGCUGGCAGGAAAGAACCCAUGAAGAAUUUGACUCUUGGGUAAUUAACCCGUUAAGUGUAAAAGGCAGGAAAAUGUGCAACCAGCAGCCUGCUAUCAAUUGCUUUGAGUCCCCAUUUCAUUUCAACCAAUAGGGUCCAGCUACCUAAAAAAAUGUUAUACAUGCAAAGGUGUACCUCCAGCCUAACCUCUUCUCACAUCCAACAGGCAGCAGGAGCUACACCAACAAAUCACUGUCAGUCACUUCAAACAGAACAGCCACUGCAUCUCACUGAUGGUGCAAAGGUGGAAGAAGGGCAGAACACUUCUACAUGCCAAUACUUUCAACCCGGUUUUCUAGUAUUUUUUCCAAGAGGAACUGUUUGGUUGGAAAAGUGACUUUGGCAGUAGAUUUGGCAAAAAGGCACUAUUCAUACUUUUAAUCAAGAAAGAGAUUAAAUAGUGUACAGAAACCCUGAUGGGUACUUUGGCAUCUGUGAGGAUGGAAAUGAUAGUGCUGUUUUCAUUACUUUUCACCCAUGCUGCCCCAACACUAGAAAUUCAAUACACAAUUAGCAAUUCUUCCACUGUUACAACAAUUAAUUAUUCAACUCUGCUCCCAUAAAAAAGUAUAGGUAGAAAAGUGGUUAUAUAGAUGAGUUAAAUUUGUUGCAUAGUAAUACACAGGACUCUUUUGCUAUUUCUACCUCCAAAAGCUUUUCUGGCUACAUUCAACUUACUAAAUAGGGCACUGCAAUAGAAGGUACUUUUGUACACUGGUCAGUGGUAGUGAUCCUACUUCCACAAUGAGUGGUCUCUACUUUGGGGUAGGUAUUUUGGAACACCUCUUCAGUAGCCUGAGAGUAAGAACAUCAAUAACAUGAGGCCUGCAUUACAUAUCCCACUCUUUUGUGUGUGCUUUUCCAUUUCAAUUCAUCCCGUAAGAACCAAAUUUGAAUAUCCAAAGACACCUUCCAUGAGGUGAGCCAGUAUGAUGGAAAGUGAAAUUCACUUCAAAAAAAAAAAA